AUGGAUGUUGAUCACACAGAAGCUGACUCCGGGCCUGUCCAGAUUCCUUUCCCUAACGCCAGCCAGAUUGUGGGCCAGGGUGCAACCUUCAUGGAUGAUUUUAAUGAUGAUCGUUUCGCUGAUGAACGAGGAACCAACCUCUACUAUCCUUUCGCAUCCAGACCUGAGUGGGAAACUGCUAGCUUUUUGCUUAACUCUUCUCUCUCCAUGCAGGAGAUAGACGUUUAUCUGAAGCUUGAUUUGACUAAAAAGAAUAACUUAUCGUUCCAGACAGCUCAAAGGUUACAUGAUCUGGCGGAUCUACUACUUCCUGUUGCUAGUUGGAAAUCAAGGAAUAUGAAGACUUUACCCCUCUACAGCUCCAAAACUCCUCUGGUCCUCUAUUAUCGAGAUGCUAUAGAAGUCCUUCAAGACCUCAUGAAGAGCCCUUUGAUAUGCGACUCUCUCCAUUUCACUCCUAUGCAGAUAUUUGAAGAUUCACGUAAAUUAGUGAGAGUCUAUGACUCUUGGCUUUCUGGGGACAGGGCAUGGAAAAUGCAGAGCCAAUAUCCUGAAGGUGCUACCCUAUUAGGUGUUGUCUUAUCUUCCGACAAGACUACUGUCUCUGUUAUAACUGGAAAUCGGGUAGCUCAUCCUCUAUUAAUUUCCUUGGCCAAUAUCGACUCGGAUUUAUUAUCAAAAGCUUCGUUACAUUUAUUCAGCUUACUGGCGCUUCUUCCUGUACCAAAAUAUAUCGAACGAAAAACUUCUAUAAGGGGUGUACUGGAGAAUCGACUGUACCAUGAAUGUAUGGACAUUGUCCUGGAACCACUCAAAGUCACUGCACGUAUCGGGUGCAUGAUGAGCGAUCCAGUGGGACAACUUAGGGCAAGGAACAUUUUCCCUCAGGAUCUUCCUGCGUAUCAAAGAGCUGCCGUAACUGCCCGCACCAAUGGAGUUGUUUAUCCUUUUUGGAGGGAUUGGGCAUUAGCAGAGCCUUGCGAAUUCCUUACGCCUGAACCUCUACAUCAUUGGCAUAAGAUGUUUUGGGAUCAUGACGCAAAAUGGGCUAUCCAGGCUGUUGGGGCUAGUCAUAUCGACUUCAGGUUUUCAAUUCAUCAGCCAACUGUGGGAUAUCGUCAUUUCCAAGAAGGCAUCUCUAGUCUUAAGCAGGUCACUGGACGUACUCAUCGAGACAUCCAGAGAUACCUGAUUCCUGUCAUAUCUGGAGCUAUUUCUGCCAAGUUCGUUACGGCUCUACGUGCUCUCCUAGAUUUCCGCUAUUCAGGCCAAGCCCAGCGUUUUAGCCAAACUUCUUCCCUCCGAGUCCAGACUGCUUUGAAGGAGUUUCAUGAGAGCAAGUCGGUGAUCUUAGAGCUAAAGGCGAGGGUCAAUCCUAAAGGUAAACCGAUAGACCAUUGGGAGAUACCAAAACUGGAAUUCAUGCAAAGUGUGGAGCCCAGCAUUCGUGCUUCAGGUCCUAUCAUGCAGUGGACUGCCGACAUCACGGAGCAUGCUCAUAUCACUCUAGUGAAGGAUCCAGCCCGAUCUGGCAACAAUCACGACUUUGAAAUUCAGAUUUGUCGAAGUCUGGAUCGUCUCGACCGUGUUAGAAGGUUUGAUUUGAUGACUGCAAUGAAGGAUGCUAGUGUAGACUUCCGUCUAGAAGAUGUUGAAGGAGAUGAAGGUCAAGGCCAGGGAGCUGAAGGGUUACAAGUAGACGAAGAAGAAGAUAUGGAAUUGGAAAUCACAAAAAUAUCAUCGACAGAAAAGCUAGUCACCCAUCUUAAUCCUGUUUCCAAAAAGUUAUUUGGAUCUUUUCGACCUAAACAGAACUUUUUCCUAAAAGCUCGUUUGCUUGAAAGAGCACCCUCAGCACCCCUUCCUCAUCGUUCUUUCGUCGAUAACGUCACAGGAGAAAUCUCAGCCUUUAGCCUAGUCCGUGAUCCAGACCUAAAGACACAAACAAUAGAAGAAGCGAGUAGGCUCUAUUCUCUGUCAGAUUUUCAUGGGGCUUGUUCAGACUUAAUUGACCGCAUAAAGUCAGGAACAAAGAUUUUCACUAUAGGAGGUAGAAGAACUGGAAAUACUCAGUCACCUUUGCCCUUCUACCGGGUCAAGCUUUGGUCCAGGUUGCGAAUCCAAAGCAGAACAUAUUUUAAUCUAGAUUUGCUUACGGAUCCUCACACCAUAUUCUCAGCACCUCCAGGGCCUGGCUGGGAGUUUGGUCGCCAAAACGCAGUUAUCGUUAACGUAGAUCAAAGCUUUCAGUGGCCAAGAAGCUCUUUGGAAGGUCAUGCCAUAGUUCUAGUCAAAAUGAUUUUUACUGUGGCUCAGCCAAGAAGACCUUCGUUACCCAUUGAAGGAACUCAUCGUUUUUUAGCUUAUUGCGAACGCUUAGAUAUAGUGAAUCAACCACCCCCUCCGCCGCAGUAUCAACAUCUUCCCUGUUAUAGGGCUUGUCCUUUUCGCUAUCCAGAUUAUUCCACAGGAUGUUACAUUCUUAAGAGAGCUCGGAGAGCAGAUGGGACUCCUAUGGGAGAUAUUAUUCCUGUUUCACAAUUCCGUUCUUUUGCAGAUAUUUGUCCUCUCUAUCGAGGAAAUCCUCACCCUUCUUUAUUGAAAAGUACAAGUCAGUAUCACAGUGAUGAAUUUUUGCUAAACAAAUACUUCAAUAAAGAAACAUUUUUUGCUUUGGAUAAAGUAGACUUUUGUGUUACUCCUAGCAUAAAGUAA